UUAAAUAAAAAAUAACUUGGACCUUUUUGCUGAUGCAAGAGGCUAGUGCGGCGCUGGGAGCGGCAGGAGCAGCAGUGGCAUCGCUGGACUGGGCCCUGAAUCGGCGACUCAGGCUAUUCAACUCUCUGUCCGCACUUCUUGAGCUGCAGCCAUGUCCGGGGAUGAGAUGAUUUUUGAUCCUACUAUGAGCAAGAAGAAGAAAAAGAAGAAGAAGCCUUUUAUGCUGGAUGAAGAAGGAGAUGCACAGACAGAAGAAACACAACCCUCUGAAACAAAAGAAACUGAACCAGAGCCAACAGAGGACAAAGAUGUAGAAGCUGAUGAAGAGGAUGGUAGAAAGAAAGAUGCUUAUGAUGACCUGGAUGACUUAAACUUUUUCAAUCAAAAGAAAAAGAAGAAAAAAACAAAAAAGAUAUUUGAUAUUGAUGAAGCUGAAGAAGAUGUUAAGGACCUAAAGAUUGAAAGUGAUGUGCAAGAACCAGCAGAACCAGAAGAUGACCUUGAUAUUAUGCUCGGCAACAAAAAGAAGAAAAAGAAGAAUGUCAAGUUCCCAGAUGAGGAUGAAAUCCUAGAGAAAGAAGAAGCUUUAGAAGAUGAAGACAGCAAAAAGGAUGAUGGAAUCUCCUUUAGCAAUCAGACUGACCCUGCAUGGGCAGGCUCAGAAAGAGACUAUACUUAUGAUGAGUUGCUGAAUCGAGUAUUUAACAUAAUGCGGGAAAAGAAUCCAGAUAUGGUUGCUGGAGAAAAAAGAAAAUUUGUCAUGAAACCUCCACAGGUUGUUAGAGUAGGAACCAAGAAAACUUCUUUUGUCAACUUCACAGAUAUCUGUAAACUAUUACAUCGUCAACCCAAACAUCUCCUGGCGUUUUUAUUGGCUGAGUUGGGUACAAGUGGUUCCAUAGAUGGUAAUAAUCAACUUGUAAUCAAAGGAAGAUUCCAACAGAAACAGAUAGAAAACAUCUUGAGAAGAUAUAUCAAGGAGUAUGUCACCUGCCAUACAUGUCGGUCACCAGACGCAAUCCUACAGAAGGAUACACGACUCUAUUUCUUACAGUGUGAGACCAGCCAUUCUCGCUGCUCCAUCGCCAGCAUCAAAACUGGGUUCCAGGCCGUCACAGGCAAGCAAGCACAGCUCCGUGCCAAAGCUAACUAAUUUGCUAAACGACAC